ACUCGGGAAACACGCUGCAGCAGAGACUGUCUCCACUCCGCAUCCAGGUUGUCACUCGUUGUACAGCAGUUUUAGAAAAAUAAAUCGCUGUUAGUUAUCAAUAUAAUAUCAGCACUAGUGCACACUUUGAAAGAGCUAGUUGGAUAGCCUUUGGCUAGCGUCCGUUAGUGAGGUCUCCGCUUGAAUAAGCUGCUUUUGUAACUUGCCACCGGUUGAUGUUUCGCUGAAGAAAAGUCCUUCGGAAGGCAGCAACAUUGCUUAUAUUUGUUAACGUUACAGUUUUCUAACGGUGACUACAUUGGUGGGUGACAGUUGGCAGCAAUGAGCUGUGUAAAGGAAGAAAGAAGCGUGUCCCCUCAGUGCCCCAAACCUGACGAGUCUGAGGAGCCUCUGGGCACAGCCAUGGAGACUGCAGCAGAAAAUGAUGCCAGUGUGAAAUCUGAGAACGUCAUGUCUGACAUCGUCAUCACUAAAGAAAUGGAGGAAGAAGAAAAGCAACUGAUGGAGGAAGGGGAGAGGAAAGAAAAGGAGAUGAGAGAGAAGGCUCAGCAGUCGUUGCAAAGGGAUUCUCAUGAGAUGCGUUUCAAGAGAUUGCAGCAUUUGCUUGAGAAGAGCAACAUCUACUCCAAAUUCCUACUGACUAAGAUGGAGCAGCAGCAGCAAGAGGAGAAAGUGAGGAAGGAGAGACUCGAAAAAAAGGCCAAGAAGACGGUGAACACAAGCACCACAGCAGCUGAGAAAGACAAAAAGAAGCGGAGGAGGGAUGAUGACUACAAAAUUGCUGAUAUAAUGUCUAAAGAAGAAAUCAUGUCAAAGGCCAAGAAAGUGAAAGUAGAAGAAACGGAACAGGUACAGGCCCAGAAGAAACUCGAUGCUGAGGAUAUCAAGAAGCUGAGUGAUUCCAACCACGACAUCAAGAGUCGCCUGUCAGAAACAGUGCGAGACAACGCCAAGCAUCUUCUGCAUCCUGACAGGAAGGUGAACGGCCAGCCAGUACCGGCCCAGCAGCCCGAGCUGUUUACCGGCGGCAUCAUGAGAUGGUACCAGAUAGAGGGCAUCGAGUGGCUGAGGAUGCUGUGGGAGAACGGGAUCAACGGGAUCCUGGCUGACGAGAUGGGACUGGGAAAGACCAUCCAGUGCAUUGCCCACAUCGCCAUGAUGAUAGAGAAGAAGGUGCUGGGCCCCUUCCUGGUGGUGGCCCCUCUCUCCACUCUGCCCAACUGGAUCAGUGAAUUCAGGCGCUUCACACCAGAGGUGUCUGCGCUGCUUUACCACGGAACUCAGCAAGAAAGGGCCAAGCUGCUAAAGCAAAUUCGCAAGCCUCAAGGCCCGCUCAGCAUGAAUCCCGUCGUCAUCACCUCUUUCGAGAUCGCCAUGAUCGACAGGAAGUUCCUACAGCGGUUCCAGUGGAAGUACCUGAUAGUGGACGAGGGCCACAGGAUAAAGAACCUGAACUGCCGGCUGGUCCGGGAGCUGAAGCUCUUGCCCACAGACAACAAGCUGCUGCUGAGUGGCACACCGCUGCAGAACAACUUGGCUGAGCUCUGGUCCCUCCUCAACUUCUUGCUGCCAGAGGUCUUUGACGACCUCAAGAGCUUUGAGUCAUGGUUUGAUUAUGACAGCAUCUGUGCCGAGGCUGAGAACGUGGUGGCUGCUGAGCGGGAACAGAACAUCCUGAGCAUGUUGCAUCAGAUUCUGACUCCGUUCCUGCUGAGGAGGCUGAAGUCGGAUGUUACGCUGGAGGUUCCUCCUAAGAAGGAGAUUAUUGUUUAUGCUCCUCUGACGCCCAAGCAGGAGACCUUUUACACGGCCGUGGUCAACAAGACCAUCAGAAAACUUCUGGGUGUGGAGAAGGCAGAGGCUCCAGAGGCACAGACCACCAGUGGCAGGCCAAAGCGCAGGAACCGUAAGAUAGUGGACUACAAAGAAACUGAUAGCAUUACUCCUAUAGACUUGGAGAAGUACCUGGAGAAACAGCUGGAGAAGGCCCGUGAGGAGCAAGAGCAAAGCCUUAGGCCAGUGGUAGAUGUCCAGUGCCCGCUGGACAACCUGAUCAAUAUAAAACUGCAGAACAUCCUCAUGCUGCUGAGGAAAUGCUGCAACCACCCCUACCUUCUUGAGUACCCACUGGACCCUGCCACACAGGAGUUCAAGAUUGAUGAAGAGCUGGUGCAGACCUCAGGGAAGUUUCUCAUAAUGGACAGACUGCUGCCUGCACUGAAGAAACGGGGACACAAGGUUCUGAUUUUCAGUCAGAUGACCUCCAUCUUGGAUAUCUUGGUUGACUACUGCUAUCUGCGUGGAUUCCAGUACAGCAGGCUGGAUGGCAGCAUGUCCUACACUGACCGAGAGGAAAAUAUGACCAAGUUUGCCAAAGAUCCAGAAGUUUUCCUGUUCCUGUUGAGCACCAGAGCAGGAGGACUUGGAAUCAACUUGACAGCUGCUGACACAGUCAUCAUCUUCGACAGUGACUGGAACCCCCAGGCAGACUUGCAGGCUCAGGACCGAUGCCACCGCAUUGGGCAAACCAAACCAGUGGUGGUGUAUCGCCUGAUCACAGCCAACACCGUUGAUCAGAAGAUUCUGGAGAGAGCCUCGGCCAAGAGGAAGCUGGAGCAGAUGGUCAUCCAUAAGAACAAGUUCAAAGGAGGGAAGGCAGAACUGAAAGAGUCUAAAAGCUGCAUUGAUCUUGAUGAGCUGAUGGAGCUGCUCAAAGACAGAGGCACUGAGAAAGAGGUGAAAGGAUCAAAGGGGAAGGUGAUUAGCGACAAAGACCUGGAGAUAUUAUUGGAUCGCAGUGACUUGCUGGACAAGGGAAAAAAGGGUGUGAAGCAAGAGAAGGUUGGAGUCUUCAGAGUGGUUGGAGAUAAAGAGUCAGCAGAGAUCAGUCUGACCUGAAGACACAGUUUGUUUAGAUUUGAACUGACAACAUUCCUUCAGAACAAAAAGCUAGAGCCGGAUCCAGUUGGACUGCAACGCUGCUGUCACUCGUAGUACAGACUGAAAAAUCAAGGACUUGAUGUAACCCUAAAACUGCUGUUUGGAAACUUUGACAACUAUUUUUGGUCUUUAUUUUACUUUUAACUUUUCUGUUUGUUUUUUAUAUCAUUGUACUGUUUGGGAGAUGGAACCACUGGAUUUAGGGUUUGACCAAUAUGGGGAUCUGAAGGUUAAAAUUGAUAGUAGCAUAUAUUUUGUGCUGAAAUUCAAUUUUAAAUUUGGCCACUUUCAUCCUCAAAUACCCAAAACAGACAUGGAUUUGCCCCGGUUCUUUUCGCCCCUUUUUUUGCUGGCAGUAGAACAUCUUUGAACCAGCAUUUUAUAGACCAUCAUGGGACAAUAAAAAAUCUAAAUUGAAGCUCAUAAUACUGUUCAUAAUUACCAAAUCACUUGUGUGGAAUUCCAUCAAAAUGUCUCAUUAGAACCUGUUCAGGUUAAAAGCUAAUAUUAAUCACAUACAAUAAAUAUGCAAUCAAACUGUAUCAUAUCCAUCAGAUCAGAGAUGGACAGCACUGCAGUUCUUAAUAAAAAGCUGAUAUCUUUCCCAUAUAUUGGCAGUAUACGUUUAUCAAACCCUUGUUAUCAAUGGAUGAUAUUACUUUCAAACAGGGAUGGUAUUCAAGAGGUGCAACAAAAAAAAGUGAGUCUUGUCAAGAUAUUUCUGUUUGGUUCAGGACCAGUUGUCCAUUGGAACUGUAUGUUGUAUCACAGCACUUUUCAUUCAAGGAAGCCAGUCUUGAAACAAAUUUUUUUUUUUCUUUCACAUAUAAAUAAAGUUGAUAAUCUAACAUCCGUGAA